UAUAGUCAUUAUUAUUAUUCAACAAUGUUUAUUAUUUAUGCAUGAAGAAUUGGGAUUGGGUAAGAAAGGUUGGAGAAGGAUGAACCACAACCCGCAAUCAAGUGAAGGAAGGCACGACGACGAUGCUGCUCUCUCUGAUUUCCUCGCUUCCUUAAUGGAUUACACUCCCACUAUACCUGAUGAAUUGGUGGAACAUUACUUGGCCAAGAGCGGUUUUCAAUGUCCCGAUGUUCGAUUGACUAGAUUGGUAGCUGUUGCCACUCAGAAGUUUGUUGCUGAAGUUGCAGGAGAUGCACUUCAGCAUUGCAAAGCAAGACAAGCAACAAUUCCAAAAGACAAAAGGGACAAGCAGCAGAAGGAUAAGCGCCUAGUUUUGACAAUGGAAGACUUAUCAAAGGCAUUGCGUGAGUAUGGCGUGAAUUUAAGGCAUCAAGAAUAUUUUGCUGAUAGCCCUUCUACUGGAAUGGAUCCUGCUACUCGAGAUGAAUGAGUCUUUUCUUGUUCAUCUUUGUGUUCAGGCUUCUAAAUUCUCGUGUUUAGUAGUUGCCAAAUAUGUUUUGUAGGAUUGACAUAGUUUUGAUAACAACCUCUUCUCCUCGAAUCUGUCAACGCACUGCAAUUGUUCGUCACUAACAUUAUUGGUGCUUGUAGUAAUUGGUGAACAUGGUCUGUGCAAGUACUCUAUCAGCAAUGAACUUACCUAAUGUUUCUUUAUUUUGUUCUACUUUUUUAUUGCCCCGUAUGUUUCACGUUUGUUCUUUGGUUCUAAAUUUUCACUUAGUAUGGCAUAUGAAUAUAAUGCAUUGCAGAAGUCAAAAAGGUUACUAUGUUCAUCCAUUUUCAAUUUUUUCAAAAAGCUUACUU